GUCCCUGCCCCGCUCGGCCCGGCUUUCCGCAUGCGUGUAGCCUAUGGGAUGGGGUUGAGCAAUUGUGGGAGCCCAUCUUUCUCUAACUUUCUGGGGUUUCUUGAACCUGGAAACUUCGAGAGGUGGACGUCCCUGUCCUCUCCCCCAGGCUCUCAGCCCACCCACCUGGAAGCGCCCAUGUGUCACCUUACCCAGGAGAGGGCGGCAGAGGCUGCGAGCAGGACGGCAGCCCCCUCUCCCCACCCCCAGAACCCUGAGAUCCUGCUUCACGGGCUGCAAGAAGUUGGGGGGCCAGGAUUCGGCGCGGAGGCCGGGAGUGUGGGUGGGGAGACUGCACAGACUCCUGAGACCCUCCCCAAGUCAGGGCUUUUCGCUGGUCUCGCAGCCCCAGCCCAGCAGCUGCUGCAGCCUCGCAGGUUCUGGAUGCAAGCAUUUUGCUGAGGAAACUGCAUAGCGUUCCCAGGACUCUAGGGCCCACGACCCCUCAAAAAUUAAGAGCCGCUGAUCUAAUCUAACCCCACUUUCACCCUCAGUUAACAAAAGAGAAUAACUGAGGCCUGAGAGGGUGUGACUUGCCUGAACUCCCUAACCUGCUACUCAGGAGGCUGAGGCAGGAGAAUCGCUUGAACCAGGGAGGCGGAGGUUGCUGCAAAGCAUGGUGAGGCCCAGGUGAAGAUCUGGAGGCGCUCCUAUGAUGUCCCACCACCUCCGAUGGAGUCCGACCAUCCUUUCUACAGCAACAUCAGUAAGGAUCGCAGGUAUGCAGACCUCACAGAAGAUCAGCUACCCUCCUGUGAGAGUCUGAAGGACACUCUUGCCAGAGCUCUGCCCUUCUGGAAUGAAGAAAUAGUUCCCCAGAUCAAGGAGGGGAAAUGUGUACUGAUUGCGGCCCAUAGCAACAGCCUCCGGGGCAUUGUCAAUCAUCUGGAGGGUCUCUCUGAAGAGGCUAUCAUGGAGCUGAACCUGCCAACUGGUAUUGUCUAUGAAUUGGACAAGAACUUGAAGCCUAUCAAGCCCAUGCAGUUUUUGGGGGAUGAAGAGAUGGUGCGCAAAGCCAUAGAAGCUGUGGCUGCCCAGGGCAAGGCCAAGAAGUGAAGGCCAGCAGGGAGGAUACUGUCCCCAGGAGCACCCUCCCUGCGUGUCUUGUCCCUCUGCCCCUCCCAUCUGCACAUGUCACACUGACCACAUCUGUAGACAUCUUGAGUUGUAGCUGCAGAUGGGGACCAGUGACUCCCAUUUUCAUUUUGUCUCCUGCACCCACUCCCUUCAUACAAUCUAGUCAGAAUAGCACUUCUAGAGCACAGAUUCUCAGUCCAAGCUGUGGAAAAGCUCCCCUUAUCCAACAGAGUUUAAAAGUAGUGACUUGGGUUUUUGCGAGUUGCUUUGUUUACUAAGGACUUGUGGGGAGGAACCAUGCUAAGCCAUGACCAAUAAGGAGAAGCAACAGAGUGUGUCUGUCCCCAAGAGCCAGUCCUCUGCUCUUCUGCAGUCAGGCCACUGCCUGGGGGCUCUAGUCAUUCCAGUGGAAGAUGAAUGUAACCUGCAUGGUGAUGUGACAACUGUUUCCUCCCUGACCCCAGAGGAGCUGGCUCUAGAAGGUUGGGAUCAAUCCUGAAUUUAGUUAUGUGUUACAUUUAAUUUAAAAAGUAUAGUAUAUAUAAAUAAUACAAAACAAUAACCCUUCUGGGGUUUCUUGUGGCGGUUGAAAUAGUCCCACAUGUGGUCAUCAGAAAAUAAGCCAUUCCUCAUACCAAUAUAGCAAGAUCAGCUCCUUGACCUCUGAGGGGCGGGAGUGCUUCCUGGUGUGUGUAUUAGAAUCCCUUCCUGCCUUGUUUCUUGGCAGUGAAAUGCCUCUUGGUCCUGUCCAAGUGUGUCUUUCACUGAUUUCUGAAUCGUGUUCUACUUGCUUGGCCCUGCCACAUGGGUCCAAUGUUCAUCUGAGCAUAACUGUAAUAAAUCCUUUUUCCAGAUCAGUAUAAUAAAAGGAGUGAUGUGAAAAAAAAAAAAAAAA